GAAAAAUUUAUUUUAAUAAUUAUGUUUUGUUUUAAUCUUGGCAACAGCCAAACAUCGAAUAAAUUUACUAAUUUUUUUCAACUCGGCAUUGUUAACAGCGCAGAACAAAAAGCAAAUUCUGAAACUCCUCGCAACAAUGCUACAUAUGACUUUAUCAUAAUCGGCGGUGGUUCUGCAGGUUGUACACUAGCUAAUCGCUUAACUGAAAAUCCCAAUUGGAAUGUUUAUCUUAUUGAAGCUGGAGGUGUAGAAAGUUUAAUGCAUCUUGUCCCCGCAUUAGCAAACUACAUGCAACAAACUCACUCAAAUUGGGGCUACAAAUCAGUGCCACAGAAGAAAGCCUGCUUUGGCAUGCGAGAUAAAAAAUGUUCACUACCACGAGGUAAAGUUUUAGGAGGCACUAGCUCACUUAACUACAUGAUAUAUAACCGUGGUAAUAGAUAUGAUUUUGAUCGUUGGGCUGCCGCUGGUAAUAUAGGCUGGUCUUACAAUGAAGUUCUACCAUACUUCUUAAAGUCCGAAAGAGCUAAAUUAGCAGGUUUGGAGAACUCUCCUUACCAUAACAGGACAGGACCUAUGAGCGUAGAAGAUGUUAGCUUUCGUACAAAAUUUGUGCAGGCAUAUGUAAAAGGAGCACAAGAAGCUGGACACAGAUAUACCGAUUAUAAUGGACAAACACAAAUGGGUGUUUCAUAUGUACAAGCAAAUACAAAAAAUGGACGCCGAAAUAGUGCCUAUCGUGCUUUCAUAGAACCAAUACGUAACGCACGCAAAAAUUUGCAUAUAAUUAAUUUCGCAAAAGUAACGAAACUACUCAUAAAUCCUAUAACCAAAGAAACGACUGGUGUAGAAUACAUUUAUCAAAAUAAAUAUUACAGAGCGUAUGCAAGUAGAGAAGUGAUACUCUCCGCUGGUUCAUUUAAUACACCGCAAUUACUCAUGCUAUCAGGUGUGGGUCCAGCAGAUAAUUUAAAAGCAGUUGGUAUACCAAUUAUCAAAGAGUUGCCAGUUGGUAAAAAUUUAUAUGAUCACAUGUGUCAUUUUGGUCCCACUUUUCUAACAAAUACCACAGACAACCCGCUUACCACAGUUGAAAUUCAUCCCGAGAAUAUACGCAAGUUUAUAUCUGGGGAUGCAACUACACCGUUCUCGUCAAUUGGUGGCGUUGAAGCGCUAACAUUCGCUAAAGCACCAAAUUUUGGAGGACCGGCGGAUUUGCCAGACUAUGAAAUUGUUACUGUUGCAGGCAGUUUGGCAUCUGAUGAAGGUACUGCCAUCAAGGAAAGUGCAAACAUAAAAGAUGAAAUUUAUAAUAAAGUCUAUAGACAGCUGACUAGACAGGAUCACUUCACAGUAUUAAUUAUGCACUUUCAUCCAAUAUCAACAGGACGUGUUUGGCUGCGUAGCCGUAAUCCAUUAGAUUGGCCAGUUAUUGAUCCCAAUUACUUUGACAAACGACAGGAUGUUGAAGUUUUAUUGGCUGGCAUCAAGGAUGCCAUACGCAUUAGUAAAACAAAUGCUAUGCAAAAAAUUGGUACAAGAAUACACACGGUACCUUUGCCGGGUUGCGAACAGUACAAAUUUGGUAGUGAUGAGUACUGGCGUUGUUCGAUACAUACAAUGUCGUAUACGUUACAUCAUCAGGUGGGCACUUGUCGUAUGGGACCUGUUAACGAUGGCACAGCUGUGGUUAGCUCAGAACUUAAUGUACAUGGCAUACAAAGGUUGCGCGUGGUGGAUGCCAGCGUAAUACCAUUUCCACCAACAGCACACACCAAUGCGGCAACUGUAAUGAUUGCAGAAAAGGCAGCAGAUUUGAUAAAGAGUACCUGGCGAGGUUAAAGCAAUAGUUGAAUGGACUUCAAUAUUUUACGCUGUCUUAAGUGUAAGAUUAUAUUUAUUGUAGUUUAAAUUAAUUUUAAAGUAUAAAAUAUAAAUAAAA